GGCACCGACAUCACAAUAUCCAGUGAACUCGCUGCCCGUGCGCACCGAUCGCGUUUUACUUCACGCUCGUUCUGCUCCGUCGCCGCACACACGCACGUCGUUCGUUCCCUCCGUCGUCGUCGUCUCGUGUUCACCGUGAUACUUUUGUUGGUUUUUUUAUCUCGUUGUUUUAUCCCACCGUCGUUUUGUGCGCUCGCGGAGCCGAUCGACGGAUCGUUUUUUAUUGUUGAAAUCGUGUCUCGCGGGACAUGCGCAACGGUCCAUGACACCGGUCGCGGAUAGCAUGAAAUCCAUAGCGUUGCGCGCCACCUGCAACAAAAGUUACUACGGCGGUUAUCCGACCGACUUGAGCGGUUACGCGGCCGUUAGGUGCCGAUCGCCGCGCAGCAGCCCCGGGCCCGACGACAUGGACGACAUAAGCGUGGGCAGGCCGUCGCCACCGGCCUCGGCCGAGUGUUACGCGCGGCUGCACGAGUCCGGCGGCCCGGACAGCGGCAACCGGAGCCAUCGCGACGGAUCCGACUCGUCGUCGUCCGGCGACGAGGACGGCGGCACCGCGUCCGAUUAUUUCGAACCGCUGAAGAAGUUGGGCACCGUGCAGAUCGACAAGGUGAGCUACGGCAUCAGCGACCGCAAGAGCUUCGCGCCCAAACGCCGGCCGGCGCACAGGAUGCAAGCGCAGCAUCAUCAGCAGGACGGCCGCGUCGACGUGACAAUGAUGGCGGCGGCCACGCACGAGUGCGGCAGGACCAUAGCGGCGGCCGGGGGAGAGGACGGGCAGCCCGCUGUGGCCGGCGUCAAGUCGUUCAGUAUCGCCGAUAUACUGAGCCACGAGCCGAAAACGCAGCAGCCGUCCGCGGCCACGGCCUCGUCCCAGCACCAUCCGGCCGAGGACGUGGGCAAGAUCGUCAGACCGUGGACCGAGGAGUAUCAGCCGUCGCCGUGCAGUUCGUUCGCGCCUCCACCACCCCCGCCGCCGCCCGCUCAUCGACAGCCCGCCGCGGUCGUCAGCGCCCUGUUCCCGCACUCGCUGUUCAUCCAACACCUGCAACACCAGCAGCAGCACCACCAUAACCAGCAUCAGCAGCAUCAUCAUCAUCACCACAACAACCAUCUGCGGCCCAAGUCGGCUGACUACGAAACGUCCACGUGCACCAGCGGCCGGUCCAGCACGGACGGCAGUGACUGUUGCACCAGCCCCGAGAUCGCCAGCUGCACCCAGUCCAACCCGUCGUCGUCGUCCACGGCUGCGGCCAGGAAACAGCAAGCGGCCGGCGGCAAGAACAACGACAACUCAUCACCGCUGGACGCGCUGUUCCAGAUGACCAGCAAGACGUUCGAUCAACUUCACGGUGACCCGUCCGGAGCCGACACCAGUUCCAGUCACUUGAACCUGUUCAGCUCGCGAGCGCAGCCCAAGAAGAAGCGCAAGUCGCGCACCGCGUUCACCAACCAUCAGAUAUUCGAGCUAGAGAAACGUUUCCUAUACCAGAAGUACCUGUCGCCGGCUGACCGGGACGAGAUCGCGUCCAGCCUGGGCCUGACCAACGCGCAGGUGAUCACGUGGUUCCAGAACCGUCGUGCCAAGAUGAAGCGGGACUACGAGGAGCAGAAGAAGGACCGGGAGACAUUGGCGGCGCUCAGCGAGCACAAGAUUUUCCUGGAGACGGCGCAAAACAUGGGCAUACUGAAAAAGAAACCUCAACCAGCGGCCACGUGCAGUUCGCCCACUGAUCAGAUCAAGUACGACGAGUGAACGUCACUUGGUCGACGAUGGCAGUCGGGUAGUGUAAACGUGGUGCACCGCGGGCCGGCCGGCCCCGUGAAACGUAACCAUAUUGUACCGUACGCGUGUAGAGCGAACGUUAUUUUUUUUAUACUUCUAUUAAAAGGCAAAAAAAUAAAAUAAACAAACAAAUAGAUAACGAUUUGAACGUUAAAAGCGGUAAAAAAAUAUGCGUGUGUUGCUCACGCGAUCACCGCCAAAACGACGGGUACGUUACGUAAAAAACAAUGCGCUGUGCACCGCCGCAGCACCGUACGCGCCCGACGACCACGUCCGUUUACCUCCGGCGCGAGCGGAGCGUGUUCGUUUCACGCGUAUCUCCCCCGGCCGAGAGAUCGAUAGAUAUUUAUUUUGUACAUAACGAUUUCGAGAUCUCAUAUUAUAAAUGCACGUGUAUAUAUUUCACUAAAACGAUCGAGACCGUACGCCCCGGGACGGGCACGGCGAAGCACAUCGUCCGGCAGUGUUUGCAUUUUUUCUCUCGCAAAACUUAUCGUUGUUUCCGCGCGCGCACUCGAACCGUUCGUCGGGGGGGGGGGG